AAUAUACUUUUGCUUAAGCGAUUUGUUUCACUUCAAUUGAAUUUCAGUUUCUGGGAUUGCGGUGGUGAUCUAGAAAAUGGGAGAUGGGACUGAGGUUGUUGUUAGGUCAGAUAGAAUUAGCGAUGAGCAAGUAGCGAAGAAUGAGUUGUUGGGAUCUGAUGAAGUAAAGGAGGAUAAAGAAGAUGAUGUUUUUGAGGAAGCGAUUGGUUCAGAGAAUGAUGAGCAGGAGGAGGAUCCAAAACGUGAAUUGUUGGAGACUGAUGAUUUACCUUUAGAGGAAACUCGUCAAAGUUCGAAGGAUGAGAAUGAAGUGGAGGAUUUUGAAGAGGCUGUGGGUGAUUUGGAUGAAACAAGUAGUAAUGAAGGGGGUGUUAAAGAUUUGAAUGUUGAUUAUUCGGUUGUUGGAGAGAGCCAUGGUGCGGGGGAAGCUGGAUUUGAUGUUGUGGCUCCGAAAAUGAAUGGUGAUAAGGGGGAAGGAGGUGCAGGUGAUUCUUGUGGUAAAGUUGAAUCGAGCUUGGAUGUUGUUGAGAAUACUGAGAUGUCUAAUACUAAUGGUUUGAAGUUAGCGGCUGAGGAUGUGAGUAUUGAAAACGGACAGACUCAUUCUUUUUUGGGAAAUGGAAUCGCCUCUCCUAAGAAUAAAGAAGUGGUGGCUGAAGUUAUCCCAAAAGAUGAUGGGAUUGAGGAACCAUGGGAUGAUGGCAUUGAAGUCGAAAAUUGGGAGGAAAGAGUUGAUGGUGUACAGACAGAACAAGAGGUUGAGGAGGGUGAAGGAAGAAGUAAGAAUCUGUUUGAGAAACAGACAGAACAAGAGGUUGUGGAUGGUGCAAGAACAAUUAAGAAUCUAUUUGAGAAUGGUUCUGGUUCAGUAUGUAUAGACAAUGAGUCCGAGGCAAAAACAAAUGGUGAGACUGGUGCCGCCUACACAAGUAAUAUUGAUACUAAUGCUUCAGGUGACAAAUCUGUGAAUGAUAGUAUUGAAGUAGCAAGUGCUGAGACUUCAUCUCCAUUGGAUAAAUCUAGUUCCGGGGAAAAGGGAGAGACUGAAUGGGACAGUACUUGUUUAAAACAAGAGCAACAAUUGGCUUCUUCGCCUACACAAUUGGUUGUGGAUGGUGCAGGAACAGGUAAGAAUCUAUUUGAGAAUGGUUCUGGUUCAGUAUGUAUAGACAAUGAGUCCGAGGCAAAAACAAAUGGUGAGACUGGUGCCGCCUACACAAGUGAUAUUGAAACUAAUGCUUCAGGUGACAAAUCUGUGAAUGAUAGUACUGAAGUAGCAAGUGCUGAGUCUUCAUCUCCAUUGGAUAAAUCUAGUUCCGGGGAAAAGGGAGAGACUGAAGGGGACAGUUCUUGUUUAAAACCAGAGCAACAAUUGGCUUCUUCGCCGAACUCAAAUCCUGAGUCUACUGAAAUUCGCAGCAAUAGUGGCUCCCCUGGGGUAACUUCUAGAGAAAACGAGACAGUUAGAAAUUCUAAUGGAGGACAUGAUGUCCAACAGAGGCCUCAACCUAAUAAGGAACUUGAGAAGCAGCAAAGCAGCAGAGUAAAUGUAGAUCCAGAGAUUAAGGAAAAUUCACAUGUGGAAACAGAAGCUGAGGUAGUAAGUUCUGUUUCACCAAUAGAGUCUAGAAGUAAUCCUGCAGCAUUACCACCUGCUCGUCCAGCAGGUCUUGGUCGUGCUUCUCCUCUUUUGGAACCUGCAUCACGUGCUCCUCAACAGUCUCGUGUCAAUGGGAAUGGGUCUCACAAUCAGUCUCAGCAAGCUGAGGACUCUACCACUGUAGAGACUGAUGAGCAUGAUGAGACCCGUGAGAAGCUCCAGUUGAUCAGGGUAAAAUUUUUGAGGCUUGCACAUAGACUAGGGCAAACCCCGCAUAAUGUUGUUGUUGCUCAGGUUUUAUACAGGCUUGGAUUGGCUGAGCAGUUGAGGGGCAGAAAUGGAAGCCGUGUUGGUGCUUUUAGUUUUGAUCGUGCCAGUGCCAUGGCAGAACAGCUUGAGGCUGCUGGACAGGAUCCACUUGAUUUUUCUUGUACGAUUAUGGUUCUCGGUAAAAGUGGGGUUGGUAAAAGUGCAACGAUCAAUUCUAUAUUUGAUGAAGUGAAAUUUUGUACUGAUGCAUUCCAGAUGGGGACAAAGAGGGUUCAAGAUGUUGAGGGUUUGGUUCAGGGAAUUAAGGUACGGGUGAUUGACACUCCCGGUCUCUUACCUUCCUGGUCUGAUCAAGCCAAGAAUGAGAAGAUCCUGAAUUCUGUUAAGGCUUUCAUCAAGAAGAAUCCACCUGACAUUGUACUAUAUCUUGAUAGGUUGGAUAUGCAAAGCAGAGAUUCUGGUGACAUGCCUCUCCUGCGCACCAUAAGUGAUGUUUUUGGUCCAUCGAUUUGGUUUAAUGCCAUUGUGGGUUUGACUCAUGCCGCUUCUGUUCCACCAGAUGGCCCAAAUGGCACUGCUUCUAGCUAUGACAUGUUUGUAACACAACGCUCUCACGUCAUCCAGCAGGCUAUUCGCCAAGCAGCUGGAGAUAUGAGGCUCAUGAACCCUGUUUCUUUAGUUGAGAAUCACUCUGCUUGCAGGACUAAUCGGGCAGGCCAGAGAGUAUUACCGAAUGGCCAAGUGUGGAAGCCACAUUUGUUGUUACUCUCAUUUGCAUCCAAGAUUCUAGCAGAAGCAAAUGCUCUUCUGAAGUUACAAGAUAAUAUUCCUGGGAGACCAUUUGCAGCUCGGUCCAAGGCUCCGCCAUUACCAUUUCUCCUUUCAUCACUUCUGCAGUCAAGACCACAACCUAAGCUUCCUGAACAGCAGUAUGGGGAUGAAGAAGAUGAAGAUGAUUUAGACGAAUCAUCGGAUUCAGACGAAGAAUCAGAGUAUGAUCAGCUUCCUCCCUUUAAGAGUUUGACUAAAGCUCAAAUGGCUACGCUUAGUAAAUCUCAGAAGAAGCAGUAUCUCGAUGAGAUGGAGUACCGGGAGAAACUAUUAAUGAAAAAGCAAAUGAAAGAGGAAAGAAAGAGACGUAAGAUGUUUAAGAAAUUUGCUGCAGAGAUUAAAGAUUUGCCUGAUGGGUAUAGUGAAAAUGUAGAAGAGGAGAGUGGUGGACCUGCAUCAGUUCCAGUUCCCAUGCCAGAUUUAUCUCUACCUGCGUCUUUUGACUCUGAUAACCCUACUCACCGCUACCGCUACCUUGAUUCCUCCAAUCAGUGGCUCGUUAGGCCAGUUCUGGAAACCCAUGGGUGGGAUCAUGAUAUUGGUUAUGAAGGUGUGAAUGCAGAACGGCUCUUUGUUGUAAAAGACAAAAUACCAAUAUCUGUCUCAGGUCAAGUGACAAAGGACAAGAAGGAUGCUAAUGUGCAGCUGGAAAUGGCCAGCUCGGUUAAACAUGGAGAGGGUAAAUCAACUUCCCUAGGUUUUGACAUGCAAACUGUUGGAAAGGAAUUGGCUUAUACUCUUCGAAGCGAAACGAGAUUUAACAAUUUCAGGAGAAACAAAGCUGCAGCUGGUCUUUCUGUAACACUCUUGGGUGAUUCGGUUUCUGCAGGGUUGAAAGUCGAAGAUAAGUUGAUUGCUAGUAAAUGGUUCAGAAUGGUAAUGUCUGGUGGAGCUAUGACUAGCCGGGGAGAUUUUGCUUAUGGUGGUACUUUAGAAGCUCAGUUGAGAGAUAAAGAUUAUCCGCUUGGCCGGUUUUUGACUACUCUUGGACUUUCUGUAAUGGAUUGGCACGGUGAUCUUGCUAUCGGAGGGAACAUACAGUCUCAGGUUCCCAUUGGACGUUCCUCUAAUUUAAUCGCUCGUUGUAAUCUGAAUAAUAGAGGAGCAGGGCAAGUAAGUGUCCGUGUAAACAGCUCCGAGCAGAUCCAACUUGCUAUGGUUGCGAUUGUUCCUCUCUUCAAGAAGCUACUUAGUUAUUGUUACCCGCCAACGCAAUAUGGACAAUGAUGAAGAAACAUUUAGGCUGAUUUCACUUCCAUCCCUUUGCAAUGGAGUAUUAGGAAAUGAUUAGUCAAAAGAACACGUUAGAGUGAGUUUAAAAGGAGCUGUCUGCUAGUAAAAGACCAAUUGAUGGACCAAAGCCUGUGUUUUGAAAUAGCCAGAAACAUAACAGGACGUUCCUUGUCUGAUAUAUAAUAAUAAAUAGUUCAGUGGUUGUUUUCUUCUAUUUCUAAGACCUUGUGAUCUCUCUCUUAUGAAUGAAGCAUAUCUAUUUUUGUUCAUGUCCCUCUCCAACCAAUGAUGCAUUAUGUCUGUGAGAUGUAAAAACUGAUUUAUGUGCUUGAAUGAUGUUUUAUCAUAUCAAACAAAAUUCCAAUUCUUAG